UGCGCCUUUCUCAACUGGGAGCGUUGCAGCGCCAGGAAGGGCUCCGAGGCUGCCGGAGGGAAGGAGGUGCGGCGCGUCAAGGAGGGAAGCUGCGGCGCGCUCCUGCCGCGGAGAGUGAGCCUUGACCUCCUACAGCCCUUUCUGUGUCAUAGGCAUCUUUGACCUGCCAUGCGGUUUUUUACAAAAAGAAGCUGACCUCUCCAGACAGCAAUGCUAAACAUGGAUGGUGUGUUCAUCUCAGAGACUAAAGCCAAUUCUGUCCUGAAAAGAUAUCCGCGGGCUAAUGGGUUUUUGGAGGAAUUAAAGCAAGGAAACAUUGAACGUGAGUGCUUUGAAGAAAUUUGUAACAGAGAAGAGGCAAGAGAAGCUUUUGAAAAUGAUGAAAAGACGAUGGAGUUCUGGAAGGACUACACAAAGAGGCUUAAUGGAGAAAUCAAUGGAGGACAUAACUGGUAUCCAUUUUACCUUGUGGUUCCAUUAAUCAUUGGCUUUUUCGUUAUUCUCCUUAUCAUAUUUAUCACAUGGAGGUGCCUGUUCAGAAAGAAAAUGCGUAGACGUUCCAUGUAUGCCCAUAGCAGAACCAGAGAAGUCGCAGGUGACAGAACUGUUGCAGAUGGAAGCAGUCCACUUCCUCAGCCACUCAGCGUUCUUCAUUCUCCCCAGGAAGAAAUGUUUGAAGGCAAUGUACACUCUCCAGGAUACCUGAGCUACACAGAUGGACGUUCAGACUCAAUAUCAAUCAGGCUGUCAAAUUAUGACCCACCGCCAUCAUAUGAGGAAGUGGCUGGUGCAAAUGGCCUGAGAAGGAAGGAAACAGCAAAUCACUUGGAUCCACCGCCUCAAUAUGAAGAAAUUGUGAAUAGCAUUUCAGUAACUCCUGUUACCACUAAAUGAAGCAGCGAGAAUUCUGGGCCCAUUCUUUUAAAGGGGAUGGGGAGGGAAGCCUAAUACAUUUUUAGCACUUUAUUGCAGCUUAAUUAUACAUUUUGAAGAUUUGUAAUGCUAACACCACUUCCUUUUCCCCGUCCCAUAUUAGUUUUGUUCCACAUAUUCCCCCAGCCCUGGAAACAAUGCAGUCUUUGAUACAGUUGUGCAUACUUCCAGAGGUGCAAUUUCUGUCUUUCUAUAUUGCUGGAAGUGAUCUUGCAGCAGACCUAAAAGACUCCCCAACCACAAA